AUGGAUUCAGCUAUAGGCGCCAGUACUCCACUCGAUUACAUAGAGUUUCAAAUUUUUCCGUCCCAAAACAGGUAUGAGGCAUGGGUAUGCUAUGGAAUCAAUAUCGAGAAAGUGUCAUCUGGACUUUUGGAGCAUCUGUUACUGCAUUCGGCUGAAAUAAAAGCUUUGCACUCAAAAGGAUCCAAUGCCAAGUAUAAACUCUCUGCGCCAGAGAAUUCAAAUGACAUUAAAUGGUUUAAAAGAUCUACAUUAAUAAGAUUUUUACAUAUAAUUGGGUCUGAAGACAUCUUGGAUAUUACCAAUUCUUCAAAAACGGAGAUAUUUCAGCUGGAGGAAACUCGGAAUCUGUACACGAAGGAUAGUAAAUAUCUGCUCCAGAGUAGCCAAUCCGGCGGUUGCUCUGGAGGCACAGGCUUAACUACAAGUGUUGAAGGCUCGGAUUCUUCAAAGAAUGAGUUGCUGCAGGCCAUGGACCUAAGGCUUACUGCCCUGAGAGGAAAAUUGUUAUCUGCUUUUGACCAAGCUUCUGCUUCACAAUACUCUUUGGAUGAGAUGACCGAAAUACAGAAGCUCUCUCUACUUGUUGGUGCAAACGACUUGAGUGAUUCAUUGUGCAAGUACAUAGAACUCAGACAAGGUACAAGCAGUAAGUGUUUAUCAGAGAGCAACAAAGUUGGACCACAAGAAUUGAAUAGUCAAACCAACAAAUCUUCAUCUACUGAGACUCCCGUAAAAUAUGGUGCCUCCCCAGCAAAAGCCGCACAAGCUGAGCGGCAAAGCUCUACAGAAAGCGAAGAUGGAUCUUCUUUCUCAAGUGACCAAGACCAACAAACAUCUGUAGAGAGAAGUCGGGCUCUAGUACGAUCUGCUUCACCCCGGAGGUCGGCAUCCCCUAUGCGGAGGGUACAAAUCGGGCGGUCGGGGGUCCGACGUCCUACCGCCAUCACUAUUAAGAGUCUCAACUAUAUUCCCCCUAGAGAAAGAUCAUUUUUCCCUAGAGACGAAUGUCAUAGUGGUGAUGAGGAAUCCGAGCAAGUGCCUAAAAAGUCUGAGAGCAACAUUACGAGGAUGAGCGUGCAGGACGCAAUAAAUCUGUUUGAAAGCAAACAGAGGGAUCAAAGGGGAGAUGUCCAGAAGGCGAAAUCACUUCUGAAUGCGAAUAAAUCUGUACUAAGGAGAUGGAGCAGUGGAAUGGGGGAAGAUCCUUCUCGGUGUUCUCAAGAUACUUCACUUGAAGGUAUUGAGGUUCAGAAUAAUGUCCAGAACACCGAAGCUAGGUCAAGUUCCCCUGAUUUUGAAUCUGGUAAUCCAGUUGAGGCUUGUGAAGAUGUUCCAGUGGAAAACGGGGCGUGUAGUCCGGUGCUCAAGCAAGAGGAGCCUCAUGAGACUGAAGUGCAAACUGAAGUUAAUGAAAAAUCAAAUGCCUCGACCGAGUGGAGUCGCCAGAAGGAAGCAGAACUAAACGAGCUAUUUAUGAAGAUGAUGGAAACCAAGCAUGUAAAAAGCCCCGGUGAUGUGGCUGCUGGCAGCAAGAGACAGAGCUUGCCUUCCGAACAAAGAGGUGGUUAUUACGGUCUCUACAACCAGAAAAGGGAGGAGAAACUUAGAGAACAAACUGCUAAAAAGAAAACAGAGAAGGGAAAGCAACCCAGAUCAACUCAAAAAACUCUCGAUGCGAAAAAAUCAAAACUGACCCCUACAAACACAGCUGAAGAAAAUAAAAAAGGUAAUGUGAAGAAAAUUCAGAAUCCAGUAACGAGUAGUGUGUCUCAACCUGCGAAUUCAAAGACAGAAAAGAGUCCAAGGUCCAGCGUCGUUAAGAAAGGCUUAUCAAAAGCAUCAUCCUCCUUGCCUGCCACUCGUAAAUCAUGGCCGUCGAUCCCAUCAACAAGAGCAACAGGCCUGUCACCGGCUAAACCCCCACCCUCAACGUCUACAAAUCCAACUCCAACUCGUAGAAGAUCACAGCCGACACCACCACCACCAGUUUCUCAGUCAAGUUCGAGAGUAGAGAUAUCUCAGGCACGAGCAAAAUCUACUAAAUCGAGUCACAAUGAUAGCAAGAAAGUCCAGAAAACUGAUCCCGAGAAAAAGCAGCUGUCUUUAACUAAGCCGAGAAGAACUGCAAAAAGCAAAGUAGUUGAAGCCACCCCUCCUAAAGAUCUUACUCCCUCUACAAAACCCAGCUUGUACAGCAAGGUCACCAAGAAAAGCAGUGUUGUUCCACUCGAAUCAAAGCCAUUUCUUCGCAAAAGUUCUAAAACAAUUACAUCCGGAACUAAUCCCCUCAGGAAAAAGCUGUCUCAUCCGCAAGAACUGUCGAGAAAACCCAAAGAUCUGACCCCGCCUAAAGAAAAUGCUCCAUCUCUCAACUCUUCUGAUCCAGAGACUCCUCAUGAAGAAGAAGUAAUUGAAGGGUCAAAUAUUGAAACUGUUAUGGGACCUGGACCCACCACACCUAGAAGCCUCGACAAGUGUGAAGAUGGAGGCUUUAGACAAGUUAGCUCCACCACUGAUUUUUCCAUUGACCGGUUGGUCGAGCCCGAGCUAAAAUCUGAGGCUGAAGACGAAUUGACCAUCUCUCCCAGAGCUUGGGUGGAAAUGGAGGAAAAUGGAGAUCACUCAGUAACCCCUAUUGACCAUGAUAUUGGACGAGUAGUGGAUGCACAAGCUGAUAUAACCCCAGCUGAAGUGCCAAGUCCUCGAGUUCGUCACUCUCUCUCCCAGAUGCUUCUAGAAGAGAGCAGCGAACCCGAUUGUGUUGACUGGGGGAAUGCUGAGAAUCCACCAGCCAUGGCCUACCAGAAAGAUGCGCCGAAGGGAUUAAAGAGGCUGUUAAAAUUUGCUCGGAAGAGUAAAAACGAGGCGAAUGCAACUGGUUGGUCGAGCCCGUCUUUGAUUUCUGAAGGGGAGGAUGAUGCUGAUGAUUCCAGACUAACGAGUAAGAGAAAUGCUGAGAAUCUACUGAGGAAAGCGACCCAUCAGUCGAUGAACAACUGUCACCAGAAGAGUUCCACUGAUUAUGAUAACUCUGCUCAUGCAAAUAUUAGCAAACUCAACGAUCAGAGCUUAGCUCAAAAUUUUCAGCAGCAAGGCCAAGUUUCAGCGUCCGUGACCACGACGAAAGCAACAAGGUCGUUCUUCUCUCUUUCAGCAUUUAAAGGCAGCAAGUAG